AUGACCUGUCAACCUUUGCGGAGCUCUCUGCUCAAGAAGGAUAAUAGUUCCGAAAGUAGUUCUAGUCAGUCCCCACCAUUGGGAGCAUCUUCAUCUUACCUUGACAAUGGCAAGCAGCCAGAAGUUUAUGGUGAUGCAGAUCUUUCGGCCGAUAUUGUAGAUGAAGAAGCCCGUUGUGCGGCGUGUACAUCAUUCGGAAAUGGGGUUGGGAUUGUCUCGAACGAUCACGAAGCACAAACGAGUUACGUGAGCACACAGGUGAGUAAUUCUGGUGGUUUAUUAGAUUUUUAGGUACCAAUUAACGACCGAGUAUACCAGUUAGUCAAGCAGACAUGUGUAAGAUCGUUGAGUGUGGAGAUAUCUUCUCCCCUUUACGUCGAGCCAACUUACUCAAUUAAUCCAAAAGUGAUUAAGAGCGAAGAUUUUGAAAAAGAAGGUGCUGUUUUGUACGGAGAUCAAGAAAAUGGCUAUACAUUAUCUUACACGUUCAAGUGGGUUUUUUGCGUUUUAUUACCUAAAAUCGUAGUUUUUAUUUAAAUAUUUGUGUUUGUACAAAAAAUAUAAUAUUCACAAUGUUUUCAUAAUAAUCUCGGUAAUUAUAGGCUAAAAGAUGCCAAAGCUCGUGGAUUUCAACGGUCUUACAGUCUGGUUGUUGUCAGUAUGGACCACUACAUGUUGCUUAACAACUACGAUUACUUUUUGAACGGUUUUGCUGCUAUUAUAACAAGACUGCAAAACAGGGCUGUAUCUGUAUUUACGAUGGAACAAGAUUCGGGAGGCGAUGUUGCUUUAGCCACCGCUGUGAAUCGAAUUGGCUUUUUGCCAACAACUUUUUUCCCAAAAAAGUUUUGUCUUGACACUUCUAGAAGCUUGACGACGAUAGUUGGGAACAAUGAAAUCUACAAUGUGCUUCAUAGGUAGGAAAAAGUUUUUUUAAUUAAAUUACUCUUCUAACUAAUUUGAUUUGAAUUUGACGUCAUUACUAUAUUAAUUUAUCUUUAAUUUGUAUAAAUAUUUUUUUUUUAUUUUUAGGCAGAUGUUAUACCUCUUACGUACACAAACGUCGCUGUUAAGAGAUACAGUGCUUGAAGGUGUACCCACUCAGGACAUGUUGGUGGCUAUGGAAAGAGAUUAUCAUCCUCUAGAUGAGACUGAUGUCAUUACCUCGUUCUCUUCCGAACAAACUGUCAACCAUAUACGAACAUUGAGGUAUUUGUCUAGGCGACUGGCUGAUAUGGACAAGGAAUUUUUGACCCAUUUGAUUUGGUGUUUGGUUGUUGGAGAUCAGGUAAGGUGUCUUGUGAUUGAAAUGUUGUUUUAGGUAGUAAAAGCUUCAUUUCUUUUGAUGCUGUAAAUUUUUGGUAUUAAUAAGGACUAUUUUCAGUUAAUUGUCAGAUCUGAAGACAACUUGACCAAGAAGCUGUUUCUUUUUGCAUUCGCUCAUCUACUGCCUAUGGGAUGUGUCAAGAUUACCUCGAAUUCUAGUGUAUAUGUCGACUCGUAUAAGUAAGUCUACAUUUAUACGUCGAAAUACGUUUUUUAUUUAUUUUUUAAAAUUAAAAGGCUCUAGGCAAAAUAAAUAUAAUACAUAUUUUUUGUCAUUUCAGAAGCAACUUGGUUGGAUGUCAGAUGGACACAGUGAUACCGACAGAAGAACUGACUGCUGCUUUUGUGAUUACAUUAAAGAGUGCUGCUGACAAUAUUGUGGACAGUAUUGAUGGGUUCGAUAUUGUUGUAGAUAAUGUGCCAAAGACAGAAAAGAGGAAGCCUAAGAUUGUUGAUAGGUACUUUAAAACCCUGACAGGUAAGUUUCUUUUUCAAAGGUUUAAAUACUAAUUUACAAGUUUAACUUUUCAUAUUGAAUGAAUUUUAUUGGGAUAAAAAAAAUACAUUUUUUGAAAGAUAAAAUAAUUUUAUUUAAUUUUUAUAUUGUUUUAGAUCCAGAUAUCAACGAACAAGUAUUGCUGUCUGUCAUCAGUUCCACAAGGUCAGAGUGGCUCAACCAUGCUAAACUAGUGUUCCAGUUGAGUCGGCAGAGGGAGAAGAUCGAUUUGGACAAUGUUUUGAGUAUUGUCGGAUGUACAGAAAACGUAUGUUUAGUCACUUUGACUCAGUAUAAUAUGAAAAGGUGAAAGUUUUCUUGAAAGGUUGAUUAACUUUAUGUAGUUUGGCCUUAUAUUUUAGUUUUUUUAUUGAACCACAAGCUAAAGUAAAAGUUUUGCAGGAUUCCCCGGUGCUACGAUUCUUUCAAGCAGGACUGUCGCAGCGCUACAAGCACGCCGUCCUCACGACCAUCACGUCCUCCCGUUGA